GUACGAGCAAAGGUUGCUCCACCAUACCACACACACAGAGACACAUCGAUAGCAGCUCACAAUGCCGCCAAGGGGUCGACAUCGCAAGCCUCCUCCGGGAGCUCCGGUUCCUGCGAAUUCGCAAGUCACAGGCAAGCGCAAUACGCAGGCCAAGAACGAGCGAUAUGCUCGUCCUCUUCCGCUUUCCGUGUCUGCUGCAACGGCAUAUGCCCCUAAGCCACCCCAGCUAUCGUGGUCCCAAUGGCUGGCGAGCUGGGCCGGGCUGAUCCGUAGCAGCAAUUUGAGAGAAGUCGAUGAGACGCUGGUUGGAUAUUUCGACGAGACCACUACGGCUGUAUGGGUGCAAGUGACACCGCCAGGAACCUCUAGCACAGGAGUCGGGCCCAGCACACAGACAAAGACGGCCAGGGUGCUGUGGGACGCAGGGUUCUUUGGCAAGGGUAGUCUGAGUCGCAGUGAGCCAACAUGGCGGACCAGAAAGAUCAACGAGGAGAAGAUCAAGAAACAGAGGGAACGGGGCAUGAAAGUCUUUACGCCAGAGGAAUUGACGGCUGAGAGGAGACGCGAGAGGAUGCACGCAAAGAUUGAGAGAGCUCGAUUGGCCGUCAAAGCUGGGCAACAGCUACCUGACGGCAUCGUGGCUCUCGGCGGUACUCUGACGGAAGAGGAGGAGAAGCUCCUUGCUCGGAGAGCGGAGAAGGAGAUCGAACAAGAAGAUGACGAAGGAGGGGGACAAGUCGAAGAAGAGUAUGGGAAGCACAUCCCAGGUCUGAUCUACCUGGGCCCCAAAAAGGACGAGGGUAUAGAGAAGCCAUUGACAACGGAGGAAAUCGAGAGGAUCAAAGAGGAGGAAGCUAAUAUAGAGGUCGACGAUAUGGAGUGGCUACACAUCAGCGGAGCAGAGGUCUUCUUUUUGAGCGGGAUGCUGGGCGUACUAGAAGUGAGAGAUCCAGAAGACAAGCCCAUGUCGCUGCAGACUCUCUACGACAUCUUCCUGUCGUCGCACUUGGCCCCACCGUUGCGAUCCCUGCCAGCGCCGGCUGAGAUCUUCAGGCCCGACAAUCCCUUUCUGUUGUCCUACAUUGCCUUUCAUCACUAUCGCUCGCUUGGUUGGGCGGUCAAGAGCGGUCUCAAGUUCUGCUGUGACUGGCUACUAUACAAGAGGGGACCUGUCUUUGGGCAUGCCGAAUUCGCAAUCGUGGUAGUGCCUGUAUACGAAGAUCCGGCAGAUGAAGCGUCUAGCCCCUUUGCAAAGCAUCCUGCUCAGGGAGAUCGUGACUGGGUAUGGUUUAGUACCAUGAAUCGAGUUCAGACACAGGUGCUCAAGACCCUGGUGCUAGCACACAUUACCAUUCCAGCCUUGUCACGGACGCCAACGGAAGCGUUGAGAAGUCCCGAGGCUCUGGUAGAGGGCCUCAGGGGAGGGCAUCUGCACACUCUCAAGGAGGUCAGCUUGAGGAGGUGGGUUCCCGCGAGGAUGAGGGGUUGAGGCGUGCCAGCAAAGAAUGAGGUUGGGGUGACAUUGAUCCUAAGCCUCAAAGCUGCCACGAACCGUCGUCAUUGCAAUGCCAGGCUACGGCAAUGUCGUUG